GUCUUUUUUAGUACUAAAAUUUUGUAUUCGUAGUGCUGAAUGGAGAAUCACAUUUUUUCGUGUUUUUAAUGAAUAAUUGCUUUUGAAAUCUAGAAUAUUCAAGUUUAGUGUUGCGGGCGAGUCGGCGAGAUGCACACAGCUAGCGCCGAGGGUCAGUACCGCGGUACCAAUGGGUCUACGCAUGGUAGAGACAAAGUCGCCAUAUUGGAUGCCGGCUCUCAGUAUGGGAAGGUGAUAGAUCGUCGAGUGCGUGAGUUAUGUGUGGAAUCGGAUAUAUUACCGUUGGACACUCCGGCGUACCAUCUCAAGGAGGCUGGCUAUCGCGCGAUCAUCAUCUCUGGAGGACCCAACUCUGUGUAUGCCGAGGAUGCGCCCAGAUACGAUGCGGAUAUAUUCAAGAUAGGGCUACCUGUACUAGGUAUAUGCUACGGUAUGCAGAUGUUGAACAAAGAGUUUGGUGGCUCAGUGCUGCGGAAGGAGGCUCGCGAGGACGGACAGUAUGAAGUCGAAGUUGAGACCACAUGCCCAUUGUUCAAUCGUUUGGAGAAACUGCAGCCAGUGCUUCUAACUCACGGGGACUCUGUGCAGAAAGUGGGUGAGAGGUUCCGUGUUGGAGCUCAGUCCAGCAACCAUCUUAUUGCUGCUAUAUACAAUGAACAGAUGCGUUUGUAUGGAGUGCAGUUUCAUCCUGAGGUGGAUCUAACACCGAAGGGUAAGCAGAUGUUGUCAAACUUUUUGUUUGACAUCGCAGGUCUGACGCGCACUUUCACGUUGCGUUCGCGCCGCGAGGCCUGCGUACAAUACAUACGGGACACUGUCGGUGAUCAAAAAGUACUCGUGUUGGUAAGCGGUGGUGUGGACUCCACAGUGUGCGCAGCUCUGCUUAGAACAGCACUACGCGAGGAUCAAGUUAUAGCUCUUCAUAUUGACAAUGGAUUCAUGCGUAAGAACGAGAGUGUGAAAGUGGAGAGAUCACUGCGGGAGCUUGGUGUACGUCUACAUGUCAUUAAUGCUGCACAUCAGUUCCGUCAAGGCAGCACUAGUGUACGUGAUGCUGGAGGACGAGCUCGACACACUCCUCUGCUCUGUCACACCACCUCGCCUGAGGACAAGCGCAAGAUUAUAGGCGAUGUUUUCAUACGUGUCGCAGAGCAGGCAGUACGAGACCUAGACCUGCAAGAGGACCAAGUGCUACUCGGUCAGGGUACGCUGCGACCGGACCUGAUUGAGUCUGCGUCCGCGUUGUGCUCCGGUAAUGCGGCCACCAUCAAGACUCAUCACAACGAUACCGAGCUGGUGCGCGUGCUGCGGCAACGAGGACGCGUUGUUGAACCCCUCAGGGACUUUCAUAAGGAUGAGGUGCGAGCUCUGGGUGCAGAGCUUGGCCUGCCUAGUGCGCUGGUGGAGCGGCACCCGUUCCCUGGGCCGGGGCUGGCUGUGCGCGUGCUCUGCCAGGAGGAGCCCUACGCAGAGCGCGACUUCUCUGAGACACAGGUAAUAGUGAAGAUAAUGGUGGAGUACGCGUCCAUGUGCGUGAAGUCGCACGCAUUGCUGGGUCGUGUUGCUGGUGCCACCACUCCAGCUGAGCAGGCGGAGCUGAAACGUAUCUCAUCCAAGUCACCUGUAGCAGCCACACUGCUGCCUGUACGCUCCGUAGGAGUACAAGGUGACGCGCGCACAUACAGCUAUGUGGUGGCAUUGUCAACGGAGCGCUAUCCACCAGACUGGCAGGACAUGCAGUACCUCGCACGCAUCAUACCGCGUGUCUGUCAUAAUGUGAACAGGGUUUGUUACGCGUUUGGUGGUAUAAUAAAGGAGCAGGUGACUGACAUCACUCCCACCUUCCUCACUCAGCACGUCAUCUCAACACUGCGUCAGGCCGACGACCUCGCCACACAGGUGUUGACGUCCAGUGGAUGCGCGGGACGUAUAGCGCAGAUGCCGGUGGUGCUGCUGCCAGUGCACCUGGACCGUGAUGCUGCGCUGCGCGCGCCCUCCUGCCAGCGCUCGCUCGUGUUGCGCCCCUUCCUCACCGGGGACUUCAUGACGGGCGUCGCCGCGCUGCCCGGAUCCGACGCCAUGCCGCAAGACGUUGUAGACAGAAUGCGCAAGGAGUUGAUGAGCGUGCCGGGCAUCUCUCGUGUUCUGUACGACCUCACACCCAAACCGCCCGCCACCACCGAGUGGGAAUGAUCACCCGUCACGUCACGUCACGUCACGUCACGUCGUACCACGACACGUCUUUUAUAUAUUUUUUUACUGAACGAACGCACUCUAAGGCAGUGGUCCCAUUCUCACUAUAUUGAACGGUUUUUAUAAUGUGAUGUGAAAAUAUUUGCCUUAAGAAUUUUGUUCUGUUAAAUAUCAAAUAAAGGUGUUUUUUGUUCUUAAUUAGAACAUUUGGUUUGCGACUAUUAUUUUUAGUGUAGCGUACAAUAUGGUUGAGAGAGGCGUGCAUUAUUUUUCGUCUUGUUUCUGUCUAUGCCACUUAUAUUUAAAAUGGACGAAAAAUGCUGCUUGCCAUCUAGCAUAUAAACCUGUUAUACUAAUUGUUAAUAGCUAAGUACGCAAAUCGACUCCAAUAGUUUUUUUUUUUUCGUUUUGUGUGGAAUAUUAGAUAUUUGUUAUCACUUUAGAACUUGACGCUUGGUAAAUGGUGUUUUUGUUAUAUGUCUAUAGUUUUGCAAUGGUAAGACUGUAAAUAAAAUUUUCAAUGUAAUAAAUAUAAAUAGGAUCACUGCCUAAUAAUGAAUUUGUAAAUAGAUUGGGUAUAAAGCGACACAAGGUAUUGGUGUCCAUUAUCUUUAGCUCCAUUGAUCAGUUUUAUAACAACAUAGUAAUUUAUUGUAAAAGGCUGUGUAAAUUAUAAAGAGCCCACAAAUACUGCGCACGUUGAGGUCGAUUAAAACAAUUCUUGUAUUAAAUCAUAG